AUGGCCCGAUGGCCACAAUCACCACGCUCGUGUAAUAGUAACGCCGGGCGUUUUGAGCCGGACGCAGCAACCUUCCAGGAUCUAGGCGCCUUCGACCCCAGUGCUUUCCCUAGCGGUAGUGGACAAUUGAACGACAGUUUAGAGCUAAAAGGACUAGGACUGGGACAUAUGACGUCCCAUUCGUCGUCUUUGGACGGCUCUUUGGGCCUCAGCAUGGGUUCGAACCUUCAUCAGCAUCAGCCACCGUCUUUAUCUGUGGCGCCACCGUUACCGCCAUCUUCUCCUCGUCUUCAGCAGCCAACAAACAACGUGGGAACUUUAUACCAUUUACAACAUCAACACCAGCUUCACCAGCAACAGGAAUUUAUAAUGGAUUCUGAUUCAAGCUCUGGAUUACAAUCUUUGGCUUUUUUAGGAGGUACAAAGCGAAGAGGACAGAUUAAAGAAGAGUUUGGACUACCAUCUUCAUUCCCUUUCAGUGGUGAACAUACAAGAUUAUUGAAGACACAAAAUAUGGGGUCGUCAGAUGCAGAUGGACGUGGGUUUGACCUCUCUGAUGCGGUGCUUAAUAUGAAUUUGGGUGGCAAGACACUAGACAACAACGUCGAACGUAGAGUAUUUGAAAAAAGAGGUGGAUGGGACGAGAUGUCUACAAAUCCUUCACCAGCGAUGCCUUCGUCGACAUUGCUGCGUGAUCAGAUGAAUGCACAAAUGGCUGCAUUGUAUCAACACGCAAUGCCGUCGGGCAAUGAUCGGUUAAUGUUCCAAUCUCCGCAGCAUCAGCGGCAAUCGUUAGCACAACCAGGCCAUGACUUUUUGAGUGUGCAAAACUAUGACAACAGUGGUAGUAAGUCUGGCUUUGAAGGGCGAGAGUUAUACCCUUAUCCGAAUCUGAACAUUUCUGGUGGCAACAUUCCGUCACCAGCGUCAGGUAGAAUUUCAGGUUACCCUAUGUCCAGUCUGAGUGAUAAUUCGGGUCAUGGAGGCCUCGCACCUAAAAUGUCGCCUUCACGAGGACAUCACAUGAGGAGUUUGACUCCAUCGCGUACGCGCCGCUCUCCAGCAAAGCCAUUGCAGCUUUACCAUGAAAACACGGCAACAAGCUCAGUAACGGAAGGCCAGGGCAAUUCAAUUAAUGUGUCACCAGAGGUGACAAAGCCUAAUGACAACAUUAAAGUACAAGUAUCUCUCUUGGCGGAAGAAUGCAUUGUUGGGCGAGUGCUCCUUGUGGGACUUUUUCGCCUCGGACAGCCAACGAAUGACAAGCCAAUCUUUGUAAAACAAGUUCUGUUUGAAAACAAGUUACACCGUAAUUUUCGCUACCUAAAUACGCGUAUCACAUUCCGCGCCCCACGCUCUCCUGGUGAAUAUGAGUUUCGUGCGUUUGAAGACAAGGGCGGCUACAGCCAUCAGCCUAAUGGUAAACGCCAAAGUCACACGAGCGACGAUCAAUCCGAGAGCCAUCACCAUAGCAAGGCAUCGUACUCAAACGUGACAAUCGCGCGUAGUAAUCGGUUAAAGGUUUGCUUGGAGUACAGCCACUUCAUCGACGCGUUGCGUGCGACGCAUGACAAGAUUCAGCAAGGUGUGGUCGAUGGUGAUGCCGGGUUAGUGUUAAGUGCACUCCUUGCGUUUAUGCGACUUGUGGACCAAGUAGAAACUGUUUUUCUUCACGGUCAUGUUCUUUUGGGAGACCUGCUGGAGGCCUGUCUGCGCUUACUCAAGCGUAGUGCUGACGAUAUUGCACGUUCUUUCAGGGCAACCGAGACAAUUCCGCAUCCAAUGGAGACUUUCCACGGCAUGCUGCGCAACGUCUUAAAUGCUGUUGAGGCCAAUAGGUACGUAAGAGAGCUCGUGACAGAUAACCAGCUUGCUGACAUUGCUCGCGUUCAGCGUGAACGCUUUUGCCAAGUGAGUGGGCUCUACUUUGCUAACGAUGGCGACCGUUGCGUCUUUUGGCGGAAGAACUAUGGUUUUGUGCCGAUUGAGAGUACGUUAUUAGGUUCAGAUGGCGACAAUGAGGGUAAGAUGCUACACACCGCUCCGUUCGUGACAAGGGUGGUGACUCGGUGGGUAGAACGGGAGGCGGCCGUUCUCAUGCCAAACCGCACUGCAUUUCGUUUGUCGCGUCAAUCAAUUUACGACCAAGUGCAUGCUGAAGUUAUUUCCAAGCUAUCUUUCACGUGUGAAUUGGACGUGUUUGGAUCGUCGGCUAAUGAAUUUGGCAACGAGCACAGUGACAUGGAUAUGUGCCUCGUAUUGCCCGAAGCGAAGACCCCAACUGUGGAGGAGAAGCAACGUAUGCUGCUGGAAGUUGUUGCACGCCUUGAGUCACGUCCAGACUUGUUCAUAUCUGUGGAUACUACGCGCCUUACGGCGCGCAUUCCAAUCGUUAUGUUCGUGUCACGCACAUCUGGCAUAGAGUGUGACUUGUGCGUCGAGAAUCGACUGGCACAGCGCAACACUUCCUUGCUUCGUGCUUAUGCUAGCGCUGAUCCACGCGUGCGCAUGCUGGCUUAUGUGAUUAAGCGCUUUGUAAAACAAAGGCGCAUGAAUUGUGCCGCUGAGGGCACGCUCUCAUCGUACGGCUAUUUGCUCUUACUCAUUCACUUUCUCCAGCGACAAAAUCCUCCUGUGUUGCCUGUGCUUCAGGCCUUGCCCCCGAAUUGGCCGAAUGAACCUCGCGAGGAACUGCCAAGUGUGGUAUGUCGUGGCCCAAGCGACGAAUUGGAUCCAUCAACAAGCAAUGACACCAGCGGCAUCGAGACAUACUUCUACGACCCGUUCGCAUUCCGUGAACCGAAUGAAAAGUUAGCUUCUUUGCGCAAUUACUGUGCGCGCAACAGGCAAACCGUCGGUGAACUAUUGCUAGGUUUUCUUUGCUACUUCGGUUUGCAAUUUGAUGCCACGCGCGAUGUUGUGAGUGUUCGUCGUCCAGAUGCUGGUAAUGUUACCAAGGACGAAAAGCGGCACACUUCCCAGUGGCGCUUUACGACGCGGUUGAGCAUCGAAGAUCCGUUUGAGGUGAGCUACGAUGUGGCGCACGUACUCAAGGGCUCACGUGACAAAUACAUUCGCCAACAGUUUGUGCGAGCAUACUUGCUGCUUAUGGAUGGCGCUAUACAACAUAAGAGCAAAGCUGAGGGGAAUGAUAGCCCAAAUGAGCAAGAUGCCGAGGCUGAUGACGAAGCUGUUGACCGGAUCAUGUCGAUCGUGAACGAGCACGUUCUGGAGGUGCCUUUUUUGCAAGCACCCUCUCACUCGAUUUCACCUGUACCAAUGCCAACGACACAGCAACAUGACGGCUUUUAA